CACCCACGCAAACGAGCUCCACCCUGUUGAAAAAAAUGGUGGUAAGAUCUGCCACAACAAAAGUCUACAACUGGUGCUAUGACCGUGUUUACUAUCCAUGCUGGGACACAACUGGUAAUGCUUUCCCGCCUAUAAGGAUAUUCUUCCUCGCUGGUGCCGUCUUUUUCUACCUAGCAGACGUCGCAAUAGAUAUAUAUGCCGCCAUUGAACACUACAUUGCCUGGAAGGGAGGGAGUGACACUGCCAGAGACUACUUUAUAGCGACGGUGGUCUUCAUUAUAGUCCCCAGUUUACUCAUUAAUGCCACAUCACUAUUUCUCUACGUGUGGGCUCAAUGCAUGAACAAGAGAAGGGCCAAAGAAGGCUAUCAGCUUUACGUAGCAAAAAGUGAUAUUCCAUUUCACUAUAUUGUGUCAAAGAAGGAUUCAUCAUGGCUCUUUAAAGCUGAGUCUAAACUAAUUGAUUGUUUUAGAAUGUCAAAAUGCUUUCAGUGGUGUAGGAGUAAGAGGAGUACAGCUGCAGAGUCUGGUAUAGUUCUACAAAGAAUAGCAACAGGAAGUAGUGGCGAUGAUGAUUUGGGUAAUGUGGGUCAAAACUCUCCACUUGAAACUGAAAGAGAAGAAACAAGAUUUGAUUUGGAGGCCGGGCAAGAUGAGGUAGAUGUUGGCAAUAAUGAUGAAAGUGAUUCUAGUAAUAGAGAAAGCCCAGCACCACUUCUUGAUGAAGAAGAAAGAGGAAAAGGAGGUCUGAGAACUGAGGCACAUCCUGCUUCUAGUCUUGAAGAGGAUGAUUCCUACAAACCUCUCGAUAAGUUCUCACAUUCACAAUUUGCAUUCAUUGUCAUUCUUCAUCUCCUCCAGGUGGGUUUUUUAUUCAGGGUCCUGCGGCUCCUUUACCUUAACUGUCGUAGAAGAGACAAGCUUUCGUUUGAUCGCUACAAGGAUAUAUCUUUCUUGAGGUUGAUGGAAGGAUUUUUUGAAUCAGCACCCCAGCUGCUGCUCCAGUUGUACGUGGUUACAUUGGAGGAGAUACCUGACAUUGAAAGGAAGGUUAUUACUGGAAUGGCUGUCGUUAUUUCGAUGGGUUCUCUUGCCUUAGCAAUUGGUGACUACAUAUCAGCCGAGAAAGACAUAGAUCAUUAUAAUCCUCACGGGAAAAAGAUGACUAGGCUAUCAUGGGGCGCUUAUUUCUUGAUCAUUGUUGCUCAUCUCUUUCUUAUUGUAUCACGGGGGAUAGCAAUAUCAUUGUUUGCAACAGAGUUUUAUCUGAACGUGUUUAUUAUUGGCGCCGCCCAUUACCUCCUUAUGGUGUAUUGGAUGUUCAAGCAAAACAAAGUUCAAAUUGUUGGUAGUAAUAAUUAUAAUGAUAGUCAAACAGUGAAUGGACGCACCACCUGCUGUGGGAGAUAUUGUUUUGAAUUGCUAGCCGCCAUUUUUAAUGUAUUCUUUCCCUUUCGUCUCCAAAAAGACAGUUUCUCAUUCAUCGUCUCUUACUACAUUGUCUUCUUCUUUGAAAACCUUAUCCUCAUUCUACUCUGGGUCAUCAGUGUAGACUAUACUCAAAACCUUUGGUACUUGGAAGCGGCUCCGAUCACAGUCGUACUGGGUUUCCUGCUCGGCAUAGCCCUAUUGUUAUGCUACCAUUUUAAAUGUGAGCCUAAAGUUGAAGAGAGCACAGAUACUGAUGAGGAGUCCCCUGAUUUUUGUUACUCUGUAUCUUUGGAUGAGAGUAUAAUGGUGACCAGCACUUUGAACAGAUUGUAUUUUGUCACUAAUAGGAGCAUCAAAAAUGACUGAUAAAAAUAAUUUUUUUAAUCUCUUAUUACGCAAGUAAAGACCACAGGUACAUGUACAUGCAACAGACAAACAAACAAUAUAUAAUAAUAGUUAUUGUCAAGCUAUAAUGUUUGUUCAUUGUACUAUUUUUAUUUUAA